AUGUCGUCUGAUUUGACAAAAUUUUAUUUUAAAGAAUAUGAUUUCAUAAUAAUAGGAGCAGGUACGGCGGGUUGCGUUUUGGCAAAUCGAUUGACGGAAGUACCCGACUGGAAAGUGCUUUUGAUAGAAGCAGGAGGACCAGAACAUUUUUUAAUGGAUAUUCCCAUAGUGGCAAAUUUUUUACAAUUUUCCCAAGCCAAUUGGAAAUACAGAACGCAACCCUCGACUUCGUCUUGUUUGGGAAUGAAAGGUGGACGCUGCCACUGGCCAAGAGGAAAAGUAAUGGGAGGAAGUAGCGUACUUAAUUACAUGAUUUACACGAAGGGAAAUCGGAGAGAUUUCGACGAGUGGGAAGCCAUGGGCAACAAGGGUUGGGGAUGGAACAACGUCUCGUAUUACUACAGGAAAAUGGAAAAUAUACAAAUCCCGAAAAUCGCACGAAGCAAAUAUCACGGCACGAACGGUUAUUUAACGAUUACGGAAGUUCCAUACAAGACACCGAUUGCGGACGCUUUCGUGGAAGCUGGUCAAGCCAUAGGUCAACCGAUAAUUGACUUUAAUGGUCCGACUCAAAUUGGCUUUAAUUAUCUUCAAGUGACAAUGCAAAAUGGAACCAGAUGGAGUAGCUCUAGAGCUUAUUUGCAUUCAAUUCACGAAAGACCGAAUUUGCAUGUGAAAAAGAAUAGCAUGGUGACGAAAAUAAUCAUCGACCCUAAAACGAAAACUGCCAUGGGAGUUGAAUUCGUACGAUUCGGCAGAAAAUAUUUCGUCAAAGCAAAAAAAGAAGUGAUUGUUUCAGGGGGAGCAAUAAAUUCUCCUCAACUUUUAAUGCUCAGCGGAAUCGGACCCGAAAAUCAUUUGAAAAAUAAAAGUAUAAAAGUUAUUAAAAACGCUAAAGUGGGUUACAACCUUCAAGAUCAUACGGCCACCGGAGGAUUAUCUUAUUUGAUAGAUUAUCCUUUCUCAAUAAUAUUCAACAGAAUGUUGGGAGUUCGAAAGCACAUAACAGAUUAUUUAUCUUCUCACAAUGGACUUUUUACAGUUCCCGGAGGCUGCGAAGCCUUGGGUUUUAUAGAUUUACGUAACAUGAACGAUACCGACGGGUAUCCAGACCUAGAACUUCUUUUGGCGUCGGGAGGAAUCGAAUCCGACGACACGCUUCAUAAAAAUUUCAAUUUAGACGAAAAGUUAUAUCAACAAAUGUACGGUUCGAUCGAGGGUAAGGAUUCGUUUAUGAUUUUGCCUCUCACGAUGAGACCCAAAUCUAGAGGUCGCAUCAUUCUUCGAGACAACAAUCCUUUUCACCAUCCGUUAAUUUACCCAAAUUAUUUUUCGGAUCCCGAAGGAUACGACAUCAAACUCGCCGUGGCCGGCAUUCGUAUGGCAAACAAAUUAGUUAAAACUCCGUCGUUUAGAAAACUAGGAGCUAAAUUGCAUGAUAAACCGUUGCCACCGUGCAAAAAUUUAGGAUUCGACACGGACGCGUACUGGGAAUGCUACGCAAAGCACUUUACAUUUACCAUUUACCAUCACGUGGGAACUUGUAAAAUGGGACCGUCCUCUGACCCGAACGCAGUCGUAGAUGAAAGACUGCGAGUGAGGGGAAUUAAACAUUUAAGAGUAAUAGAUGCUAGUAUAAUGCCAUUAAUUCCGACUGCUCAUACCAAUGCUCCAACUUUUAUGAUAGCCGAAAAAGGCUCAGACAUGAUUAAAGAAGACUGGGACAUGAUAAACUACUUGUAA